AUGAUCGCCAACCAGAGCGCCGCCGCCGACCCCACGCUGUCGCGGGACGUGUGGAUGGUGGGCAUGGGGAUCCUCAUGUCCGUGAUCGUGCUGGCCAUCGUCUUCGGCAACGUGCUGGUGAUCACCGCCAUCGCCCGGUUCCAGCGCCUGCAGACCGUCACUAACUACUUCAUCACCUCGCUGGCCUGCGCCGACCUGGUGAUGGGUCUGGCCGUGGUGCCCUUCGGGGCCAGCCACAUCAUCAUGGAGAUGUGGAAUUUCGGGAACUUCUGGUGUGAGUUCUGGACUUCUCUGGAUGUGCUCUGUGUCACAGCCAGCAUCGAGACCCUCUGUGUCAUCGCCGUGGACCGGUACUUCGCCAUCACCUCUCCCUUCAAGUACCAGAGCCUGCUGACCAAGAGCAAGGCACGCGUGGUCAUCCUGGUGGUGUGGGUAGUCUCUGCCCUCACCUCCUUCUUGCCCAUCCAGAUGCAUUGGUACCGGGCAGAGCGUGAGGAAGCCAUUCUGUGCUACAAGGAGGACACAUGCUGCGACUUCUUCACCAACCAGGCUUACGCCAUUGCCUCCUCCAUCAUCUCUUUCUACCUGCCACUCGUGGUCAUGGUCUUCGUGUAUGCCAGGGUCUUCCUGGUGGCCAAGAAGCAGCUGCAGAAGAUAGACAAGAGCGAGGGGAGGUUUCACAUCCAGAACAAGGAGCAGGAGCAGAACGGGCGAACUGGGCACCGCCGUUCCUCCAAGUUCUACUUGAAGGAGCACAAGGCCCUCAAGACCCUGGGCAUCAUCAUGGGCACCUUCACACUGUGUUGGCUGCCCUUCUUUAUCGUCAACAUUGUGCACGUCAUCCAGGACGACAUCAUACCCAAGUACGUGUACAUUCUCUUGAACUGGCUGGGCUAUGUCAAUUCUGCCUUCAACCCUUUGAUCUACUGCCGGAGCCCGGACUUCAGGUAUGCCUUCCAGGAGCUCCUGUGCCUCCGCAGGUCUGCCCUGAAGAUGUAUGCCAAUGGGUACUCCAACAGCAACGGCAGGAGUGACUACAAUGAGGAGGAGAACAGCUAUCCCCUGGCAUCGGAUAAAACCUGUGAGUUGCUCUGUGAAGAAGGCUCCUUCCCUAACCCAGAGGACUUUUUGCACUGCAAAGAGAUCCCGGGGUGUCCAGGAAUGGUCGAGAGCUGAAUGGGUUGAACUCUCUUCCUCACCAUCCUGAGCUCCUGAGGGCUCUGUAGAGAUCGAAUGGGAGCACGGCCUUGCUUCUCUGAGACUGGGGAUGCUGUGGGAAGUGAUUGCCUUGACAAAUGUCUUCAUCCUAGCCCAUAGCCCAUAGUGCAUUGCUGGAAGAGAAGCUGAUGAAGGAAUAGCAGAGGACCAGGAAAGGCUCUAUCAGCACUUCAAGCAGUGGAGGACACAGAUUGGAGACCAGCAUUGAGAGGCACUUUCCAAGAGUCACUGUAUAUGAAACCAGCUUCGUUCUGGGAAGAAGCUACAAGAGCUCUGUGAACUGAAGGAGGUGAAUGUCCAAGUCAGCGCAAGAGGUGCUGCAGGGUUUCCCUGUCACACCGUCUUUGGAAAGCACUUUAAAAGGAAGGGGGUAUCAGGACCACCUGGCCCUCUCCAGUGACUGGUUUGAAAGAGA